UCCAAUCACUUCACGGGAAACCCAGUCGCCGGGUCUUUGGGGAGGACUUUCCCACUUCACCGCAACGUGUAUCUUCUAAAAAGAAAAGACUCGACUCACUUUGUGUACAAUGGGUCGCCGCAAGUCAAAGAGAAAGCCCCCUCCGAAGAAGAAGCUGACCGGAGACCUGGACUCUCAGUUCACCUGUCCGUUCUGCAAUCACGAGAAGUCAUGUGAUGUCAAAAUGGAGAGAACCAGAAAUACUGGAAUCAUAUCAUGCGCAGUCUGCUUGGAGGAGUUCCAGACCCCUAUUACCUAUCUGUCGGAGCCAGUUGACGUGUACAGUGAUUGGAUAGAUGCCUGUGAAAUAGCCAAUCAGUAGCCCCCAUGGAGCUGGGUGACUUUCAGGAACUUGAAGAUGAGAAUGAGGAGGUGGCUCAUUGGGAUAAAGCUGUUAGGAGGACAUUAAGGGAACUUUUAAUUGUUCAGAGGUUUCUACAUGGUCACUCACAAAUUUGUGAAUCGACAGCAAAAAACGGCGCAAAACAAUUUCAGAUUUGAUAUUUGCGACGGGACUCGAUUUGUCAUAACGCAUUGACCAUUGUUCUAUUUUCAAUAUAUAUAUUUUUAACUGCUAGAUAUUUUUAAAUGCAGAAAUUAGAUUUUUUUAGUAGCGACCUGAAAAGGGCUCCGAUCGUGGCAAUUUAAAUGUGAGAUCAAUAGAGUUCAAUCUUUUUGGGUAGCAUUAAGAGAACGAGAACGGUGUGGAUCUCAUUUUCUUAUCAUACACGUUGACAGUUCAAGCGUGAUGUCACCGCUGCUGUCCACGGUCCUCCUUGUGAAGACAGUUGGAUCUCAAUAUUAUGUUGUUCCACUGGUUAGAGGAACGGGAAUGUGUAGGCUUAACUCUUUGCUGCUAAAACCAAAGGUUUUGAAAAGUCCUUGAAUCAAUCAUUUCAUUGGAUUGUAUGUUUUGGGCUUGCAUUUCUUUUUAAAUCAUACAAUUAUCUUUGUUUUGAAGUGGGAUGUUCAUAAUGUCAUUUUAUCCUGAAAUCAAAUGUUGAUAUUGACUGGUUAUUUUCCUAUGCAACCACAUAUGGUGUUGAAAAGUAGACUGCUUUUAAAAAAUAAAUGUAAUGCACUUGAUAACUGUGAUCUUGGAAAUAAAGGCGAAAUAAGAGUU